AUGCUGAUAAAGAGCAUAAAAUGCUCUCCUCUUCUCCACAGUCAUGUGUGGGGAAACAGCUCCAGCCUGACCCCGGGAUUCUUUAUCUUGAAUGGGAUUCCUGGGCUGGAAGCUGCACACACCUGGAUCUCCCUGCCAUUCUGCUUCAUGUACGUCAUCGCUGUCGUGGGGAACUGCGGGCUCAUCUACCUAAUCAGCCAUGAGGAUGCCCUGCACCGGCCCAUGUACUACUUCCUGGCCCUGCUCUCCUUCACAGAUGUCACCCUGUGCACCACCACUGUACCCAAUAUGCUGUGCAUAUUCUGGUUCAACCUCAAGGAGAUUGACUUUGAUGCCUGCCUGGCUCAGAUGUUUUUCGUCCACAUGCUGACUGGGAUGGAGUCUGGGGUGCUCAUGCUCAUGGCCCUGGACCGCUAUGUGGCCAUCUGCUACCCCUUACGUUAUUCCAUCAUCCUCAACCCUGUCAUCGCCAAGACUGGUCUUGCCACCUUCCUGAGGGGUGUGCUGCUCAUUAUCCCAUUCACUUUCCUCACCAAGCGUCUGCCCUAUUGCCGGGGCAACUUCAUUCCCCAUACCUACUGCGAUCAUAUGUCUGUGGCCAAGGUGUCCUGUGGCAAUUUCAAGGUCAAUGCCAUCUAUGGUCUCUUGGCAGCCCUCCUAAUUGGGGGCUUUGAUAUGUUCUGUAUUUCUGUGUCUUACACUAUGAUCUUGCGGGCAGUGGUGAGUCUGUCAUCUGCAGAUGCUCGGAAGAAAGCCUUCGGUACCUGUACAUCCCACAUAUGUGCCAUUGUGAUCACAUAUGUUCCAGCCCUGUUCAAUUUUACUCAUCGUUUUGGGGGACAAAACAUUCCCCACCACGUUCAUAUCCUUAUUGCUAAUCUUUAUUUGAUGUUGCCUCCUACUCUGAACCCCAUUGUUUAUGGAGCCAAGACCAAGCAGAUCCAGGAAGGAGUGAUCAAGUUAUUUUUUAAAGAGAAAGCUUUCUUAGUUAUGAAAUAG